AUGGUGGAAGAGGGCGGCAUCGCCCUCUUCGCCCGGCCUCCUUCCAAGCUCAAGACAAGACCGAGGAAGGAAGACAAUGCACUACCCAAGACCGUGACUCGCCCCGCAGUGGUGUCGGUGCCUCCCAGUGGCGCCAAGGCGGGUGAGGACGACACCGCCACCUUUCGCUCGCUGGGGCUCUCCGACUGGAUGGCGGGGGUGUGCCGCGGGCUGGGCAUGCCGUCGCCCACCGCCGUGCAGCGUGCCUGCAUCCCCGCCAUCCUGGCUGGGCGGGACGUCAUCGCGGUGUCCCAAACCGGGACGGGCAAGACGGCAGCCUUUGCACUGCCCAUCCUGCAGCUGCUGGCGCGCGACCCCUUUGGCGUCUUUGCCCUGGUCCUGACGCCCACCAGGGAGCUGGCGCUGCAGCUGGCCGACCACUUCCGUGCGCUGGGGUCCGGCGGCGCGCUGCGCGACGCGGUCAUCAUCGGCGGCGUGGACGGGCAGGCCCAGGCGCGCGCGCUAACGCAGCGCCCGCACCUGGUGGUGGCCACGCCCGGGCGCCUGGCGGGGCUGCUUGCCCAGGACCCCGGGCUGGCCGCCUGCCUGGCCCGCGUGCGCUGCUUAGUGCUGGACGAGGCGGACCGCAUGCUGGACGCCAGCUUCGAGCCGGAGCUGGCCACGGUGUUGGCGGCGCUGCCGGAGGAGCGCCAGACGCUGCUCUUCAGUGCCACCAUGACACGCACGCUGGUGGGCCUGCAGCGCGACCUCCUGCGCGACGCCUUCUUCUACGAGGCCUACGCCGGGCUGCAGACCGCCGCGCGGCUGAGGGAGGAGUACAUGCUCCUACCGCAGAAGGUGAAGGAGGUGUACCUGGUGUACCUCUUGGAGCAGCUCGAGGCGCUGAAGCUGCGCUCCGCCAUCGUUUUUGUCUCCACGCGCCGCAACUGCUCCCUGCUCCAGCACCUCCUGGCCGAACUGGGGAUCAAGGCCGCGGCGCUGCACUCCGGCCUGCCCCAGCGCGACCGCGUGGCGGCGCUGGACAGGUUCCGCGCGGGCGUCGUGCCUGUGCUGCUUGCCACCGACGUGGCCGCGCGCGGGCUGGACAUCCCCGACGUCGAUCUGGUGGUCAACUACGACCUGCCCCACCUUGCGCGGGAUUACGUGCACAGGGUUGGCAGGACGGCCCGCGCAGGGCGUGCCGGCUGGUCCCUGAGCUUCGUGACGCAGUAUGAUGUGGAACUAGUCAGGGCCAUCGAGGGCCUACUGGGCAGGCAGCUGGCGGCCUUCGAGGCGCCGGAGAAGGAGGUGCUGGCGGGGAUCACCAAGGUCUAUGCCGCGCGGCGCAUGGCGGCCCUGCGCCUGGCGGAGGAGGAGGACGCGGCGGGGGCGACAGGGCAGCGGCGGAAGAAGACGCGGCCGGCCGAGGCAGAGGCCGAGCGGCCAAAGGGGAGGCCGGGCGGGGAGCGCACCCCGAAGACGGCCACCAUUGCACGGGAGGAGGUGUGA